AUGCAUGGACUCCCCGUGGUCGAUCAUAUCAGUGGCAGUUCAGGCAUGAAUGAUCAGGUGAUAAUAGAGGAAAAACAGGAUCACUUUGCCGGGUCCCCGGGUGGACAGGAAUCGGAAACGGACGAGCUCUGGAAUCAGUACCGCUUUCUGAUCAGCAUCGCGGCGUUCGCCAUUCUUGCUCUGCUCGCAAUCUUCGUGGUCGUCUGCGCCGCCUGGAUCCCCUCCCGCUGGCGAUUGCACCGACGCAAGUGCGCUUCUUCCCUGCCGCCCGCUUUCGUUGGCUCCGUGGGCCGAGCCCCUCUCGCUCCUUCUGUCCUCAAGCCGGGCACAACACAGCCUCCGCUCAUCAAUCACCAACUCUUGGCUGACCUUGUCCAGCAGCAGCAGCAGCAGCAGCAACAGCAGCAACAGCAGCAACAACAACAACAACAACGACAACAUACAAAUGGCGUUGUGCAAGGGGAGAACCUGUCGCAGACGAGCCGGAUGGCGGCAAGCGACCCGUCGGGGGAGGCCUCAGCCGUCUCGGUC